AUGUCGGUUUCAUAUAUAUUCGGCAAGAAGAUCUCGGAAUCAUUAACUGUGGGACAAUGUCGUGAGAAGUUGAGACACAGGUACCUCGAUAAUCUGUGCAAAAUCCAAUUGAAACCCUGGGAUAAAUCUGAUUACGCUGAGCUCAAAGAUUUGCAUACGGUCGUAACAAUGAUGAGGAAAGACUCGAGUGGAAAAGAUACCAAAAAGAAAGAAGAAUUGGAAGGCUCUGUUGAUAAAAUAUUUUCUACGAAAGUAAACGGGAGACUGCCAUCUCGAAUCCUCAUUUCAGCUCAAGCUGGAGUAGGGAAGACAACAGCUGUUGCAAAGAUAGCGUAUGACUGGGCUGAAGAAAAACAAGAAUCGGCAUUGGAACACUUGCCACUUCUUUUUUUGGUUAAAUUUCGUAACACAAGCCAUAGGACAUCGAUCGGAGAAGCAAUCAAAUCUCAACUUUUAAGCGAUGUAGAUGAUCUCGCAGCGAAGGGAAUUGAGAGUUUCAUCCGCAGAAAUCAAGGGAUCUGUCACAUCAUACUUGACGGACUGGAUGAAUAUGCAGGUAUAUCUUCAGAAAACAAUAUUGUCAACGUCAUUCAAUGUGAUGAGUUUCCACAAUGUCGAGUCCUUGUGACAACACGCCCUCAUCUGGAGAGCUACUUCAAUCAAGGUUACCUUCCAAGGGCAUACACAAUAAUGUGGAUCGAGGGAUUUUCGAUGGAGAGUUCCAGAAACUACAUUGACAGAUUCUUCACACUGUCUUCGACUGACGAAAAGGGGAGGAAGCUGAAAGAAUACCUAAACGAGCAACCGCUCAUCAAUGAGCUUGUCAAAACACCUCUCUUUUGUCUAUUGAUCUGUCACCUGUGGAGUGAAGAUAAACUAGGUAAUAAUGUCAGUACCCAAACAGAGUUAUUUGACAGUGUAAAUAUUUUUUUAAUGCAUCACGCAAAUGCUAGGUCAGGGUCAACCACGUCAAGGAAAACUUUCACAUGCAACGAACUAAGUAGGAUAGUUAACGGAAUAGGCAGAGUUGCGCUCUCAGGUCUUUUGGAUGAUGCCAAAAAGCUAGUAUUUACGCUCCAAGAUUUUUGCAAAAUUCCUCGUAUCCUUGAUAAGGCAUGCGAGCUCGGGAUCCUAUCGAAAACGACUGUCGCAAUGGCACAACUUCCUCAGUCUAACGAGACCACUCACACAUCUAUUGAAUUUUAUCACAAAUUGGCACAAGAACAUUCAGCUGGCAAAUUUAUCGCGAAGGAAACUUGGCGCAUUUUACUGCGUUAUAAAAUUUCGAAGUUGGACAGAAUUCUGAGGAGCAUAGAGGGAAAUAUUGGAGACUAUGAACAACUCCUACGAUUUGCUGCUGGCAAAGACAGGAAUAUUGGGAUACGAAUUAUGGAAGCUAUCCUUUCAAAUGAGCAUCUGCAUGACAGUGAGCGAUAUCGCAUUCUACUUGACUGUUCAUCAGAAUCUAAGGAUAGUGAAGGAGACAUGUCUUCGUUGGUCCAAAGAUGCGUCAACGCACAGAGUAUGAUUCUCAAGGCACCGACUAUCUACACUUUCGUCGGGAUGCAGAAUCUUCCCAAGCGACUGCAAAGUGAGGUAAGAGCAUUGAGGUUCAAGGAGUCUACACUCACGGCUGACGAGGCAAAUAGAAUGUGGUCCUGUCUCAAAUUAUUUCCCAGCUUACAUAACAUCAGCAUCGCAGACUCUUUUCUAAAUUUCCCUUCGUCUCUUCCAGAGCUCUCAUCAUUUACUCGCCUAUCAGCCGAGAGAAUGACGCCUGUCUGUUACACAAGCGUACUCUCAUCUCUACCUAAUGCGAGUGAGCUCGAUGUAUGCAUCGAAAUCAGAGGUACGAACAACACUUUCGAGAUCACAGUCGAUACUAUAAACCGUACGAGAGAAAUCGUAGAUCAUCAACGCGAUAGGAACAUGAUCAACGUCACACUUGAACACUUGGUUGCACAGUCGUCGAAUAGAAUGAAUGAAUUAGAGCUGACGUCUCGAGGGCUCACCAUUCUAUUCCAUGAUCGAUCAAUGGAGCAGUUGCGACUAUCUUUUUUGGGAGAUAUGAGCCUAUACGGAGAAACAAUGGUUGACCUGUUUGUCCAGACAACUUACUUGCAUUGUAUGUAA